AUGUCAAAGAUAAUAUUAAUAGUUUUAGGGAUAUUUAUAUUUCUACUAUGUCACAUUUCCAAUUCCCCAAUCCAAGCAAUGGAAUAUCAAAUUACUAUGGGUCCAACUUAUCUCCCCAAUGCACCUAAAAAAUAUGUAAACAACACUGAUUUUAUGGUACAAUUAAAUUGGGUGACUAAAUGUUUCUAUGUCUGGAAUACCUUUAACGAAUCACAUAAAAAUAAUGCACAGUUUUCCCUUAUGCCAAUGAGUUUUAGAGAUGAUACUAUAUUUAAAUUUGUAAAUGUAAACUAUACUAUACAUUAUACUUGUUUUGACUUUCAUUGUUUUCCCAAUGUGACUGGACCAUGGCCAUAUUAUUAUUUUGUCAUUUACCAUCCGUAUUAUCAAUUUAUCAAUUCUACCAUUUCUUGGGAUGGUAUCCCUGAUCGUCCCACUCAAUUGGAUAUGACAAUGACUUAUUCAAAUUAUACAAAUGUAGUUUAUAAUAUUGAUUCUGUUGUACCAAUGAGACUUUAUUCUCUUGAACAUAGAAUGAGCAAUGUAUCAUUUUUCUGUACACCAUCGAAACAUAAAAGAAUGCUCUUUUUGAUGACCUAUUUAUGUGAACAUUAUCAAAUCAAAUUUUGUGCCAAUGGUGAUACCGUUGUUUAUCAUCUAUUAAAACAACAUGACAUUUAUCAAAAUGAUAUUCGUUAUUGGAUUGAAUAUAUUCAUUUUAAUGAAUCAUAUAUAGGAUUAUAUAAUAAUUCUUAUCUUUGGAAUAAUAAAACUAGUUAUUAUAUCAAUAAUUCAAUUAUUGAUUGUCAAAAUUCAAUGAUUGAAACGAUCAAUACAACUCUUGAAACUGGAUCCAAAGCAUUAUUAUAUCAAUCAAAUUUAACAUUUGUUUCAUUUAAAGUUAACCAUGGUGAAAUUCAUUUGAAUCAUACUAUUACCUUUACCAUCACAAACAAAGGUUACAGCAAUAGUCCGGAAAUGAUUAUAUCAAAUAAUUCAAAAAUUAUAUUUAAUAAUGUAACGAUAAACAACCCCUUUCCUUUGGAUAUCUUUGAUUCUACUUUCUUUAUAGAAGGAAACCCGGUCAAUACAAAAGUACCAUUUACAGUCAAUCUCUAUGGUAAAUCUAUACUUGAACUAAACGAUCCUGUUGUUUCUCAUCAUCCAGACAUAUUUUUUAAUUUAAAUGAUGAUACAGUGAUUAUUUUCAACAAGAGAAAUACAGAUAAUCGACCCAUCUAUCCACCGAUCAAAUUAAAAGGAAAGAAUGGUGUUAUUUUUAGAAAUGAUGAUGGGUUCAAUUUAACUCCAUACUACUCAAUGACUGGAUACCCAUCUUUUACUAUAGUGUCAAAUGCAACUUUGAAUUUGGUUCAAUAUAUUCAAUUCGUUAAUAUUUCUCUCUCAAAUAGUACAUUGAAUGCAUCCUCUGCUGUUAAAUUCCCAAUCUACACAGGUAUUGAAAAAAACAAUCUAAUCAAUAAUUGUUCAAUUGCUUAUUUUGGUGGUUCAAUGAUUGGUUCAAAUAAUCAAAUUGAUAAAUUAACCAUAUUACAUGGAGAAAAUGAAAAUUCAACAAUGAUAACAUUCUUUAAUGCAACCAUUGAAAAUAUUCAAUUCUUUACUAUUCAUAAAAUUAUUCAAAUUGAAUUAAAAGUAAUAAUUAAAAAUUCAAUAUUUGAAUUUUCAAAUAGAUUAGAAUUUUCAAAUUCAGUCAAUCAAACAAAUGAUGAUUCUCUAGUCAUUUCAAACUCUACUAUUAUUCUUUCAAAUGGACUUGGUGGAAAUAUUUCAUCAUUGUAUUUUGAAAAGGAUUCAACUAUUGUAGGUAAUGGUAUCAUUGAUAUAAACUCUACCAAAACAAUCAUUGAUGCUCCAAUUGGUUCACUUGUCAGUUAUUCAAACUUUUCAAUCAAUUGUGUACAAAAUAUUAAUUGUUUUAAUCUAACUUUAUAUCAAUUCAUUGAUUCCAAUACUACUUCAACUUUCAAAUUAAAUGGAUUUGAAAAUGGACAUUUUAAUGGAACAUUGGUAAUUGGUUAUUUUGUAAAUUCAAUUGUAUUGUUUAAAAACUAUACUGUUUUAGAGUUUGAUGUUAAAAGAUUGCUUGGAAAUGAAACGGUAGACUACCAAAAGGUAAAACUUGUUCCUUUGGAUGGAAAGUUGAAACCAACCGACUCGGAUCCACUUCCAUUUGUCGCACAUGCCACUAGAGACUCUAUCACUGUCCAGUUCCUUCCAGCGCCCGAGAAAACAGUUGGCGAUCAAUCAAAUCCCAAUGCAGGUGUUAUCGCUGGUGCUGUUGUUGGGCCAGUUGUUGGGGCAGUGGCUAUUGGUGCCGUCGCCAAGAUAUUGUACAAUAAGAGAAAACAAAAGACUGCAACCUCUACUUCUCCACCUUCACCACAUAUUGGUAGAGCUCCAUCUUCAUCUCCUUUGAAUGCAUAG